AUGAAGUUUGCGCCCGUGAUGGUGCCGUGGCAACGCCGGAUGCAGACGCUGGCUGUCCUGCAAUGGGUCCUCUCCUUCCUGAUCCUGCCCCUGGUCUGCUACGCAGUCUUCAUAGGCCUACUCUUCACACGAUUCUGGAUCCUCAGUGUCCUCUACUCAGCCUGGUGGUACCUGGACUGGGACAAGCCAUGGCAGGGGGGCAGGAUCAUCCCUAUCAUUAGGCGUGGCUUUCUGUGGAAAAACAUGAGAGACUAUUUCCCCGUUUCGCUGGUCAAGACGGCUGAGCUGGACCCCUCCAAGAACUACCUUGCCGGCUUCCACCCCCAUGGGAUCAUGGUGGUCGGCGCCUUUCUAAACCUGUGCACCGAGGGUACAAAUUUCACCUCCGUCUUCCCUGGUAUCCGCCGCUACCUGAUGAUGCUGGACAUAUGGUUCCGAAUCCCCUUCUUCAGGGAUUACAUCAUGGCCGGAGGGCUGGUGGCAUCAGCCAGAAACAGUGCUUCUUCCUUGUUGAACAAGAAGGAAGGCGGGAACCUGCUGGUCAUUGUUAUUGGGGGCGCUAAGGAGGCACUGGAUGCCAAGCCUGGAAAAUACAGGCUGUUGCUGAAAAGCCGCAAGGGCUUCGUCAAGCUCGCUCUGACACACGGAACAUCUCUGCUGCCUAUAUUCUCCUUUGGGGAGAAUGAAGUCUAUGACCAGGUUGAUAACCCUCCUGGUUCCUGGCUACGCUGGGUCCAGCUCAAGCUGCAGAAGGUCAUGGGCAUCUCUCUCCCGCUCUUCCAUGGCCGAGGCAUCUUCCAGUACAGCUUUGGCUUCUUACCCUACCGCCGGCCCAUCACUACCGUGGUGGGCAAGCCCAUCGAGGUGCAGAAGGUCCUGCAGCCCACGCAGGAGGAGGUGGACCAACUACACCAGCAGUACAUCAAGGAGCUGAGUGACCUCUUUGAGGCCCAUAAGCUCAAGUUCAACAUCCCGGAGGACCAGCACUUGGAGUUCUGCUGAGCAGUGAA